AUGUUCCAUUCAUCUCCUCUAUAUAUUAUUGGUGGUCGAGCAUUUGUUUUUCCAAUUAUACAAAUGGUUCAGCGAAUUCCAUUAAAUACAAUUACACUGGAAGUAAUAAGUCCUCGUGUUUAUACUCAGAAAGGAGUUCCUAUAUCAGUUACUGGUAUUGCACAAAUAAAAAUUGAAUCGAGAAAAAAAGAAAUAUUAGCAAUAGCAUGUCGUCUGUUCUUAGGCAAGACGGAAAUAGAAAUAAAACAAAUAGCUCUUGAAACUUUGGAAGGCCACCAACGUGCAAUUAUGGGUUUAAUGUCUGUUGAAGAAAUCUAUCAAGAUCGUAAAAAAUUCAGCGAAAAAGUAUUUGAAGUGGCAAAAUGUGACCUUAUAAAUAUGGGUAUCUCGGUUGUAUCGUAUACUAUCAAGGAUAUACGCGAUGAUCAUGGAUAUUUGAAAGCUUUGGGUAUGAAGCGGACGGCUGAAGUAAAGCGGGAUGCCCGUAUUGGUGAAGCUCAAGCAACAAGAGAUAAGAUAAUUAAAGUGAUGGAAGUUGCAGCAGAGGAGCAACGUAUGAUAGCAAAAUACAAAAAUGAUAUUGAAAUCGCUAAAGCCAAACGAGAUUUUGAAUUAAAACAAGCGGCAUUCAAUUAUGAUGUUAAUGUUAACAAAGCGAAAGCUGAUUUUGCCUAUCAACUUCAGGCUGCUAAAACGAAACAGAAUCUCAAGGAAGAAAAUAUGCAAGUGGCAAUCGUCGAACGUACAUCUGCUAUAGAAGUCGCAAAAGAAGAAGUGAUUCGAAAAGAACAAGAAUUAAAUGCUACAGUUAGGCGUCCUGCAGAAGCUGAAAAAUUUCGAUUGGAAAAGAUUGCAGAAGCUGAAAAAGAAAAAAUUAUUUUGAAUGCUGAAGCUGAAGCUGAGGCUGCGAAACUCCGCGGCCAAGCUGAUGCUUAUGCUAUUCAAGUAAAAGCGGCAGCUGAUGCAAAGCAAAUCCGUGAAAAGGCUGAAGCCUUUAAGGAAUUCAAAGAAGCAGCUAUUACUGAGAUGACUAUCAAUAUGCUUCCAAAGCUGGCCAAUAAAGUAGGUGAGUCAAUGCUUGACGGUGUUAAUGAAAUAAAAAUGGUGUCAACAGGUCAGAGUGAUAUUGGUGCAGCAAAGAUUACAGGAGAGAUGGUCAGUAUAAUGGAGAAAAUUCCACAGCUUAUGAGUAAUGUCACUGGCGUUGACUUGUUCAGGGGACAAGUAUAUUAG